CUUUGCGGCGCCCUCACACACCGCCGCCGCCGGCUAGAGCCUAGGGCCGUAACCGUAACAGCCACCCCUGAGACUGAGAUGGAUACAGCGGAGGAGGCUGGGCAGGAAGUAGUCAGCGCUGUUGGGGAGGAUAGUAUCCCGGAAGCUGCCGCCUGCAGCAGGGAGGAGAGGAAGGAGGAAGAGGAGGAAGAAGUGGAGGUGAGCUUCGAUGAACUUGGCCUGGACGAGCAGCUGAAGAGGGCGUUGAGGAAGAAGGGCAUCCUCAAGGCCACCCCGAUACAGCGGGAAGCCAUCCCGCUCAUCCUGGAAGGGAAGGAUGUGGUUGCAAAGGCCAAGACUGGCUCUGGGAAGACCUUUGCCUAUCUUCUCCCACUUCUGCACGAGCUACUGAAGUUGUCCUCAGAAGGACGUAUACGAAAACCUGCACCAAAUGCUUUCAUCCUGGUUCCUACUCGAGAUUUAUGCCACCAGGUGUAUAAUGAGGCAUUAUCUCUCCUUGAGCUCUGUACAUGCAAAUUGAGGGUUGUGCAAGUUACCGCGAGCAUGUCGGAUAAGGAUAUUACUGUUGCAUUGUCUGGCCCCCCUAACAUUCUCGUAUCAACUCCAGCUUGUGUUGCAACAUGCAUAUCAAAGGGAAUUAUUCGUGGACCUGCAGUUAAAGAGUCACUUUCAAUGAUGAUUCUUGAUGAGGCUGACCUACUUCUAUCCUACCGCUGCGAAGUUGACUUGAAAGCUCUCAUCCCACAUAUCCCGAGAAGCUGUCAGUCUAUUCUGAUGUCUGCAACUUCAAGCUCUGAUGUUGACAAGUUGACAAAACUACUUCUGCAUAACCCAUUUGUUCUAACUCUUUCGGAGGUUGGUCAAGCAAAGGAUGAUGUGAUCCCCAAAAAUGUUCAGCAGUUUUGGAUCUCCUGUGAUGCCAAGGAUAAAAUACUUCAUAUCCUUGCACUUCUAAAGUUUGAGCUCAUUCAGAAGAAAGUUCUUAUAUUUGUAAACUCAAUUGAUAUGGCUUUCAGAUUACGACUGAUCUUGGAAAAGUUUGGGAUAAGAUCUGCAGUUUUGAAUGCUGAGUUGCCACAAAAUUCCCGACUACAUAUUAUAGAGGCAUUCAACGCAAGGCUAUUUGAUUAUCUAAUAGCAACGGAUGACACUAAAACAAAGGAGAAGCAAACCAAUGAGGAAAAUAAAAAAGAGGCAACAUUGUCCCGCAAACGGAAGAAGCAAACCAAUAAGGAAAACCAGAAAGAGCAAAAGGUGUCCCGCAAACAUUUGCAACAGACUUUAGAUGCUGAAUUUGGAGUUGUCAGAGGAAUUGACUUCAAAAAUGUAUUUACAGUAGUCAAUUUUGACAUGCCUCUGGAUGCUACUGGGUAUGUUCACAGAAUUGGGCGAACAGGUAGAGCAAAUAAGACUGGUGCAUCCAUAUCGCUUGUUUCACCAAAGGAGGAUAGUACUUUUAAAGAGAUUGAGCAUAUGUUGCAAGAUGUCGAAAAGAAAGAUAUGGACUGCAUUUCACCUUUCCCAUUACUUACGAAAGAUGCUGUUGAAUCUCUACGGUAUAGGGCUCAGGAUGUUGCAAGGAGUGUGACAACACGUGAUGUACAGGAAGCGCGUCGACAAGACAUAAAGAAUGAAAUCCUCAAUUCUGAGAAAUUGAAGUCUCAUUUUGAAGAGAAUCCAACGGACCUUGAUUUGCUCAAACACGAUAAGUUGCUAUGCAACAAGGAAAUUCCUGCAUACCUGCGUGAUGUCCCUGACUACCUAAUUGAUCCGAAAACAAAAGAAGCCAGCAAUGCUGUCAAGCUUUCCAGGGCUGCUAUGCAUAUCGACAAGCCCCAAAGGCGGAAAAGGCAGGGGUUUAAGGGAGGAUCAGGGAAAAGCAGAGACCCUCUCAAGACAUUCUCUGCUGAGGGCAAACGAGGGAGACGGAGGAAAGAAAGGGAGGGAGAACCAGAUAGAAGAAAGAAGAGUAAGAAGGCGUGAAGUUGAUUUUUCAAGCAGUUUGCUAUCAAGCUCGCCCAAUUUUGUAGGCUUUGUUUGAAGCAACUUGACAAAGUGCUGUAUCGGUGACACUCGUAGGUCGUAGCUAAGGAGUAUGUUUUUAUUGCCUGAUGGCAACUCUUAAUUUUUAAAGUGUACUCGCUUCCCCCCUUUUCCUGUACUGUUAGGAAGCACUAAUGACGUGAAAUUUCAUUCACCAAAUCAGGGGUAUUUAAAGCUAAUAAUGUUAAGUCCCCCCAGGUGGAACAUUCACAC